GUUCCGGAUGGGUACAAAUUUUAUAUUCGUGUUAUUUCUAUUGUUUUUUUCCUCACCAAUUUCUGUUUCCAAAACAGUGCAGACUUUGGACGCAGACGAUUCCUCAAUCUACCAAGAUGGAUUGAUGUAUCAUCAUUACGAGCAGUUGAAAGAAAUCUUAUUUCAGUUGAAGGAAAAUUUCAGCAGUUUGACAGAUGUAUAUUCUGUGGGGAAAACAAUUGAAAAAAGAGAAAUGUAUGUUAUACGCAUCACUUCGAAUGUCACGGCCAUUAAACCUAUGUUUAAAUACGUCGCAAAUAUGCACGGAAACGAAGCUGUCGGUAGAGAGUUGCUUCUCCAAUUAGCACAUUACUUGGUACAUAAUUACGGAAAGUUAGAAAGAAUCACCAAUCUACUGGAUACAGUCGAUAUACAUUUGAUGCCAUCUGCCAAUCCUGAUGGAUUCGAAAAGGCUAAAGAAGGCGAUUGUUUUGGAUCUCAGGUCCCUUCCGGUAGAGAAAAUGCGAAAGGAGUCGAUCUGAAUCGAGACUUCCCCGAUCAGUUUAAUGUCUCUAAAAAUUAUUCCUUGCACGAGGGACGGCAACCCGAGACUUUAAACCUUAUGACUUGGAUUGUAUCGAAUCCAUUUGUCCUUUCUGCCAACUUACAUGGCGGUGCUUUAGUUGCUAGUUACCCUUUUGAUGAUUCUAAGUUUCAUAAAAUAUCAGGGUAUAAAAGCACGAGUCCUGAUGACGGCCUUUUUCAACACUUAGCCCUCGCUUACUCUAAUCUGCAUCCAGAAAUGCAUAAAGGAAAUUCUUGCCCUGAUGAUUCUUUUGUGAAAGGAAUAACAAAUGGUGCUGAAUGGUAUGAUGUGCCAGGAGGAAUGCAGGAUUUCAACUAUGUAUAUAGCAACUGCUUUGAAAUUACACUAGAAUUAUCAUGUUGCAAAUAUCCUAAAGCAAGUAAUUUAACGCAAGAAUGGGAGAAUAAUAAAGAAGCUCUUUUGAAGUUCAUUGAAAUGAUUCACAUGGGCAUUAAAGGAACAAUUACUGAUUCUACUGACAAAUCAGCAAUAGAAUUGGCAUUUAUUCAUGUUAGUGGCAUUGACCACAAUGUGACAACAACAAAGGAUGGACAUUAUUGGAGAUUGCUUCUUCCUGGAGUUUAUACUGUUGAAGUCUCUUCAUAUGGCUAUCAGCCUCAAUCAAAGUUAGUUGUUGUCAAGCCUGAUAGUGUUGAAGAAGUUCAUUUUGAACUAUUAAGAGAUAGUUCAAUUUCCUUCCCUGCUAAAAAGGUUGAAACACCGAGUAGAAAGAUACUUGCUCCUUCAUUUCCUUUCUCCUUCAUAGAAAAUAAUUCUACUUCUGAGAUUCCAAUUACUGAAGAAGCCUCUAGCACUUUAGCCACACCUGACAUUGCGAAUCAUUCUGAGCAAACUACUUCUGAGAGCCCUACUGCAGCCAGCAAAUCGUCUGCUUUAGAUGUUGACAAUGAAGAACAAGCAUCACCUAUUGAAUCAGGAAAGGACAAAUCCUUUGAAUCUAUGGUUGAAUUUAAGCAUCACAAUUAUUUGGAAAUGGUUUCAGUAUUAAAGAAUGUGUCAAAGCAAUGUCCAAAAAUUACCAAUUUAUAUAGCAUUGGCCAGACAGUUGAAAAUCGAGAAUUAUAUGUAUUAGAAAUGAGUUCCAAUCCUGGAAUGCAUGAGCCUGGUAAGCCAGAAUUUAAAUACAUUGGAAACAUGCAUGGAAAUGAAGUUGUGGGCCGUGAAAUGCUUCUGUUGCUUGUACAGUAUUUCUGCCUGAAUUAUGAAAGUAAUGAACGUAUUAAACAUUUGCUAGACACUACACACGUACAUAUUAUGCCUUCAAUGAAUCCUGAUGGAUAUGAAAAGGCAAAAGAAGGAGACUUUGAUGGGUAUGGUGGGCGAGAAAAUGCUAACAACAUAGAUCUUAAUCGUAACUUUCCUGAUCAGUUCAGAGUCAACAAAGACAAUGCUGUUCAACAACCAGAAACCAUUGCUGUCAUGAAUUGGAUCCUUUCCAAACCUUUUGUAUUAUCUGCUAAUUUACAUGGAGGCUCUCUUGUAGCAAACUAUCCAUAUGAUGAUAAUAAAGAUGAAAUUGAUGGUUUGUACAGUAAAAGUCCCGAUGAUGCUGUUUUUCGGCAACUGGCAUCUGUUUACUCAAACAAACAUCCUACUAUGCACUUGGCUAAACCUUGUGGAAAAGGUAAAAUGAGUGAAACAUUUCCUGGUGGCAUUACAAAUGGUGCUGUCUGGUACAGUGUUUCAGGCGGAAUGCAGGACUGGAAUUAUUUACAUUCCAACUGUUUCGAAAUCACUCUAGAACUGGGAUGUUUUAAGUAUCCACCUGCUAAAGAUCUUCCAAAUCUUUGGGAUGAAAAUAAAGAACCUUUAAUAGCAUACAUUGAAGAGGUUCAUUCAGGUAUACAUGGCUUUAUAUUUGAUACUAAAGGUGUUGGCAUUUCAAAUGCUACAAUCCAUGUAAAUGAAAUUAGUCAUGACGUUACAUCUUCACAAUUUGGUGACUACUGGAGGCUUUUAGUACCUGGAAAAUAUAUAGUGGUUGUUAGUGCUCCGGGGUAUUCACGUAGCACUGCAAAUGUUGAAGUGCCCCAAAAAGGAGGAAUUCAAGUCAAUUUCACUUUAGACAAUCACUUUUUCCACUGGUCUCAGACUGAAGAUUAUGGAAUAUUGGAUAAUAUUGAGGAUGUCUAUUUGAGUAACUCUGAGUUGCAUAAUGAGCUACUUCAGUUGUCAAAUGACAAUAGAAAUUUUGUGAAACCAAUGUCAAAUAUAGGGUCUGAUGGAUUAAAGACAUUGAAUUUUGUGAUUGUAUCAUCAGAGGUGUACAAAAGUAGUGACAAGCUACAAAUAGCUGUUAUUGGAGGCCUUCAUCAUGACCAACCCAGUGGUAGAGAGAUUUCUGUUAGACUUUUAAGGCAUCUUGUCGAAGGCUACAAAGCAGGUGAUGAAAUUAUCAAAAAUCUUCUGGAAAAUGCAGCUCUUCACAUUAUUCCUGCUGUGGACACCCGAUCUCAUUCAGUCAAAUUUUCAUCGAAAGAUAUUGAUUCCGAAUUAGACUAUGGUGAUAAAUUUGGAGAAGAUUUUUCUGGUGUGUUUGGUCCUGUGGAGGGUUUGAAGAACAAUUUGCUUUCAUAUCACUAUUCAACCUUAAUUAGUAUUGAAGGAAAUGGACUGGAGUUAAGUUUUCCUCAAGCUGUUGCUGAAAGUGAUAAUGUCGAAGAUUCACUGACUUUUAAACAUCUAUCUAGAGAAUAUAUUGUUCACCACCCAGUACUCUCCAAAUCAGCCAUGUGCGGGGAUAAAAAUGAAUCUAUAACAGUCUAUCAUGGUCCUAAUUCCCUUCUGGAUUAUGCUUACUCAAAUCACGGAACUGUUGCAAUUGCUGCGCAUAUUAGCUGCUGUAAUAGUCCAGAACCCAAAGAAUUACCAUCUCUAUGGGCUAAUAAUCUUCAAUCAAUGCUUUCUCUCCUGAAGGCUGCAGCACAAGGUGUUUUUGGGCACAUUAAAAAUAGUGAUGGACAACCUCUUACGAAUGCUAAUGUCAGGAUUCUUCAUAACAAGAGAAUGAUUCCAGUGCAUGCAAAAACAGCAUUUUUUGCAGUCACUUUAGCUCCAGGAACUUAUACUUUUUUCUUCUCCUGUGCUGGAUACGAAACUGCCACAAGUCAGAUUACUUUAAGUGAAGGCGAUGUCUUAAAACAUGAUAUUGUUUUGGAUACAGUAAUUACAGAUAUUCGAUCUCAUGAUUAUGUUUCAAUGUUUGACAGUUUAAAGCAUUUGCACCAACAGCACACAAAAAUAACAAAUUUAUUUAGUAUUGGAAAAAGCAAGAGUGGGAAAGAUUUGUGGGUCUUGGAAAUCAGCCCUCCUGAAACAGAACCACUGAACUUUUUACCUGCAGUACGUCUAGUUUCAGGAUUGAACGGCUAUGAAGCUGUUGCUACAGAAGUAUUAAUUCAACUAAUAAACCAUUUGGUUACACAUUAUGGAAAAGAUACCUUCAUUACCAAUUUGAUUGACAAAACUAAAAUCUACAUUGCACCUUUGUUGGAUCCUGAUGGAGUAGAGAAUGCUGAUCUUUCAUCUUGUGACAUAAUGCAGAAACAGAACAGACAUUUGUUCUUGAACAAUAAGUUUGAUGCGUCUGAGAGGCACAUAGAACCAGAAGUUGCUGCAGUAAAAAAAUGGAUGCAACUGGAACCAGCUGUUUUGUCUGCUGCCUUUUUCAGUGGUGCUGAAGUAGUCGCCUUCCCCUUCCAAGAGUCAAAUAAUAGAGAUUUAAUGCCGAAGGAAAAAGAUGUUUUUAUGCAACUUGCCAAAUCUUACAGUCAAAACCAUCCAGAAAUGAUUCAUGGGAAAUUCAAUUGUUCAUCAACACACUAUAACUUUGCUGAUGGUAUUGCAAAAGCUUCAUCUUUGCAUUCUCAUAAAGGCAGUUAUAUAGAUUAUGGUUUUAAGCAUGGUAGCAGCUAUGACUUUGGUGUAUAUGUAUCAUGUUGUUCUAAAGCAAAACCACAAGACAUGGCAAAAAUUUGGCUUGAUCACAAAGUUUCAAUUCUAAGUUUCAUUCAGCAAGCUCAGAUUGGAAUUGUUGGAUCUGUGAGUUCUCUGAAUGAUAAACCAAUACUUAAUGCUUGUGUGAAAAUUCGUGAAUUUUCAAGAUGCUCAAAAAGUGAUACCAGAGGAUCGUAUCAGUUUUUAUUAUAUCCUGGUGAAUAUGUUGCUGAGGUGGUGGCAGAUGGAUAUGUACCUUUGACUAAGAUUGUGCGUGUGUACCCCGGGAAAGCCACUAAUGUAGAUUUUAAACUAAAGGAAGAUAAUCGAAUUGGAGGUGUGCCUCGUAACUCAUUUUUUAUCGUCUUGGGCUCAGUGGGCAUUUUCUUAAUGGUAGCAUCACUGUGUGUUUACAGUACUAUUCUCUACAGAAGACGCAAAGGGUACUCAUUCCAGAGACUUGAUCAGGGGCAGUGUUUGUUUGAUGACGAUGAAGCACCUGAAGCUUUAAAACUUAGCCCCUCUAAAAGGCUCCUAAAAACUUCUGAGUAUCACGAUGAAAGCACCUCCGAAGAUGAACUUUAUAAUACAUAUGCAUGGAAAAAUGGUCGAAGAAAGCAGAAAUGGUAUGCUGGAAAUGCAACUUAGGAAAAAGCCUUGAAAGGACAAAAAUAUAUAUUUAAUAUAUUGCCUGUGAUCAUGAACAACUUGAUUUUUUUAAGAGAAACUACUGUAAUAUUUUUGUGAUUUUAAAAUUUUUAUGAAUGUUUAAAUUUUAAAUAUACAUUUUUAUUGUUCUUCAGAUAGUUCCUAUAGCUAUUUUCAUGUAAUUUUGUUUAAAAGAAAUUGCACUUCAUUAAGUUUGCCUUUGAAGAAUUUUAAACAAAAGUUGUUUUAUUAUAAAAUCAGUACUUCAUCAAUAAAUUCAUUUUUUAACCUAAAAAUGCAUACGUUGCAAAUGCAAUGCUUACCUUUGUGUCAUAAGUUACAUGUGUAAUAAAAUUAAAAUUACAAAAUUAACACUUACAAUUUUGUACACUUUUUGGGGGUGCAAGGAACCAAUUUUUCAAUGCAAAAAAUUAGCUGAUGGGAAGAAAAGACUUCUCUCAAAUGAAAAGCUUUUAUCAAGGGCUUUUAUGAGUUGCCUUUUCAUCCAUUAGUCAUUUUUUGAUACUGAAAAAGGGGCUCCUUAUAACCCUGAAACAUGUUUCUGCAAUUCUAAUUGCUAUUUGUGCAAUUUUAAUGUGGUUUUUAUGUUUGUUUAUGUAGUUGGGUAAGUGUAAGAGGUUUUAAGCAUUGUUUUUAAAAUUCUGUAUUGAAUCCUUUUCAGGUGGUUGAGCAGAACUGCUAUCUGCAUUCAGUAUAUUUAUGUGAAUAUUUUUUAGCCAUUUCUUUUUUUUUUUUUUUUGCUGUAAACUAUUUAAAAAAUACAGUAACAAUAAAAACGCCAGUACAUAAAAGUCACUUAAAUUAAAUAAAUGAAAACCAGUUUAUACUAGUAAAUUAUUCCAUUUAUGAAAGAAGAAAAAAAAUCUUGUAAAGCCUAUAAAUGAUUGUACAGUUGACUAUUAAUAGCAUUUCUGCAUUAAUCAUACUUUUAUGAUCUUUACUCAGUGCAAUAUAAGCAGCCAGUUACAAAAUUUUUACUAGCUAGUAAAAUGGCUAAAAAUUAAGAGAAAUGGGAAAGUAACAAAAAAAAAAAAAAAAAAAAAAAAGAGAGAGAGAGAGAGAGAGAGAGAAAGGAGGAAAAAACACUUUUCUCAACUUUGAACUCCAAGUUGGUAUAUUCCUACCAGAAGUAAUUUGUUCUCAGUCCUCAAAAUGUGGCAUUAAUUGCUUGUGUUUGAAACAAAAAUUUUCCUAAAAUAAGUAUGAUAUAAUUUCCUGUGUAAUUGUCAGUUUCGAGAGCUAAAGUGAACAGAAGUGGAUGUUUUCUAAAGAUAAAAUACUUAUGGUAUAAAUGCUGAGGAUAAAAUGCUUUAGGUAAAAAUGCUAUAUCACCUCUAGCUCAAAAGGCUAUGAAUUAAACUGAAUCUUCUUACUUUUUCCUUCUAAAGUAUUGUUUCAAAUCAACAAAUUCCUCCAGACAAAAAUUGACAAUUUUUGUAAAUGUUUGUAAAUAAUUUAUUGUUUUUGUCAUUUUAUCAUGGUUGUAGCUGGGAAAUAUAGAUGUCAACACUUGCAUAUUUUUCAUAAUUUUGUAUAAACAUAUUUAUGUGAUCAUUUUUAUUCUAAAGUUAUCAAAUGUUAGAUAUUUAUAAAUUAGCAGCAAAUUGAGAACAAAUUUUCAAUUGCAAUUAUUUGUUGCUGAUGUCGAAAGUUUUUAUUGGUUUAAUUUUAACUUCCGAAGAUCUCAUUUCAUUGAAACACCUUGCACUUUUUAUAAUCACAAGUAUCUGUAGGUCACCCCUUUUUUUGACAAUAAAACUAUUUGCAUGUGGUAAAAUCAAAAUGUUUACUUUUCUUAAUGCUUGAAGAUUUGCUUCCUUUGAAAGCUAUAAGUAUUAAUAGUAGAGAUAUCUGGGAAAAGUUAAACUAGGUGUAAAUAAAGAAACACUCCAUGUGGCAAAGUCAACCAUGAAUUUGGAAUACAAAUCAGCACCAAACAGAUAGUGAAUAUGGGUUUAACCUUUUUAUUGCAGAGAAAAUGCACCAAUACUGGUAACUCAUUUGUUUACUUUCGGUCUUUUACCUUUUGCUGAACAGAGUACGGUAUUAGAGUUUCCAAUGCCGCGUCGAAUUCAGUCCCGCGGGAUUUUGGGAUUGUAAGGAGUCAAUCCCGCAGGAUUCACUUUAUUCAACUAAAAAUUAAAUUUUAAUUCUCAAAUCGAAAAUAUUGUGCUUUUUGGAAAGGAUUGUAGGGCACUAAAAAGUCAGAUCCCAAUUAGCAAUUAUCGUUUGAUACACAAAAGUGUGCUCUAAAAAAAUCCAAUGCAUCUUAACAAAGCAUCGUUCGUAUGGGAUGUGAAAGGAUUUUUGCUCAAAAAAUAAUAAGUUUGAUGAAAACGCAUGUUGUGGGUCCUUUCUCUAUUAUGAUACUUUCUUUAUUUUUUUUCUAAACCAUAAUUUUCUGAAUUUUAAAUUUUAGAGAUGGUUUUCAAAAAUGUUUGUAAUUUUUACGCAUUUUCUCAAUUACUGAACGAAUGAAAACUGAAACCUCGAAUGAGAAUACCAAUUCGCCCUCAGAAAAAUAUGCUCUAUUUUUAUACUGUUCCUAAAAGGUAAAUCCACAUCACAUAAUAGAAAGUUUUCUUACUCUUCUUGCAGAAAUACAAGGAAGGUGAUUCUAACUUCAGAUGACACUUGUGAAAAUAGUCGUUUUAUGAGCGGAAAAAGUUGGAAAACAUUUGCAUGCAAAAAAUUUGCGGGAUUCGAAAUCCCGCUAAAUAUCAUGCGGGAUCCCGCGGGGAUCGGGAUUGGAAACUCUAUAUGGUAUGUGUUGUGAGUGGUGAAUUACUCAUGUUGUUAAACUGUUUAAGCAAAAAUUGAAUUUAAAAAAAAAAAGACUAAUCGGCAAAAGAAAUUUCUGGAACUAUGCAUUCCACUGCAUGCAGAAUAUUUUAAAAUCUUUUAAAAACCAUAGUUCUUUUUUUUUUAUUUUAACAAAAAAUAAGUAUGAAGAACUUUGUGUAAGGGAGAUUCUGCUGAAAUAACUAAUUUAAAGCAUACUGUGAUGAAAAAUGACAUUAAAUUUUAUCUGUUAAAAAAUGUGAUUAAAGAUUGUUAUUUUUAGAAA